AUGGCAGAUGGUCCCUACAGGUUCCAUCAGCCAGGUGGUGGACCCUUCUAUCCUGCACACCAUACCAGCCGAAACCAUAACCGGGCUACCUCUCCUCCAGGCCGUCGUCCUUUCGCGCACGAUACCCCUUCGCCCUCGAGAUCGCCUGGGAAUGCUGCCAUGGUUCACAACUUUGGAGUUUACAACCAAAAUGGGUUCCAGCAACAGCAUAUGAUGAAUGGUGGGCAGAACCAUCAGAGGUUCAACGGCUUGCAUAUUCCGAAACAGCAGCAGGCCUAUCACCAAAGUCAGCAUCACAAUGCCCAGCAACAGAUUGGACAUAUUGGGCAUCAACAUAACGUUUCUGGCGGUACCUAUCAGUCCGCGACGCCGAACCUCCACACUUAUGGACAAGAUCAUCUACAAAACGGUAAUCGAGAUGACGGGCCAGAGGACGAGUACAAUGGCAAUGAACAUUGGCAGGAACAACAGCGUUUGUAUGACGAGUGCCGGGAAAUGUGUGAUGGGCACCAUAGAGCGAGAACCUAUGCCCAACAGUCGAAGAGCUCAACAUUUGGCGGACCACUUGGCGCUGCAGCAGAUGACGCUACGGUAGAAGACAAAGUACGUGCGGCGACAGCUCAAUCGCAGACUCGACAAGCAUGGACCGAGCUGGACCUCGGUGGACAAGGGUUAAGAGCACUGUCAUCCAACCUAUACCAAUAUUCCUUCUUGACCAGACUCGAUAUUCCUCACAAUGCGCUGAGAGAACUUCCUGCGGCACUAGGCCAGCUGAAAACACUUGAGUACCUCGACGUAUCUUUCAACAAUCUUGUAUCCUUGCCCGACGAGAUUGGCAUGCUCACCAAUCUCAAGACGCUUCUGUUAUGUGGAAACAAUCACCUGGCUGGGCUACCUUACUCCCUAGGCUAUCUCUACAAGCUUGAGACAAUAGCAGUUAUGGAUAUCAUCCUCACUGAGGAUGCCAAACAAGCCCUACUCAAUGGGGGUACAAAGGCGCUAAUUAAUUAUCUACUGGAGACCAUGCCCGACGAUUAUGUCGAACCACCGAGUGAGCGAGAAUGGCACCAACUCGACGAAGUGAUUGACACAGAUGCCGACACCUUCAAGACUGUAACCUACAACAUCCUUUGUGAACGAUACGCGUCGAAGCAAAAGUAUGGCUAUGUUGCUGAAAGGUCGCUGAAUUGGCACACAAGGAGACAACUGGUCUUGGAUGAACUCGCCGGGUUGGAUGCGGAUGUGGUAUGCCUGCAAGAGCUGGACCGUAACUCGUACGAUGAGUUCUUCCGCAAAGAACUGAGCAACCUAGGCUACAAAGCCUACUACGCGCAGAAGAGCAGGGCCGAAACCAUCGGAGAGAAUGCAAAGUUCGUUGAUGGUUGCGGCACAUUCUGGAAAGACAAGAACUACGUAUUACUCGACACGCAACAUUUGGUUCUGGGCAGACGAGCCGUGGAUAGACCAGGUGCAAAGGCAUCAGCGGACAUGCUGAACAGAGUAUGGCAGAGAGACGACAUUGCCACUGUGGUCUUCCUGGAGAACAGAUUUACUGGAUCAAGGUUGAUCGUAGCCAAUUCACACGUUUACUGGGAUCCGGCUUUCAAGGACGUCAAACUCAUUCAAGUGGCUGUCCUGAUGGAGGAGCUUAACAAGCUGGCGGAAAAGUAUGCAAAAUAUCCUCCUGCGAACAACAAGAAGCCUUCCUGGCAAGACGACGACGAUGAUCAACGAGAACCUGCACCUUCGCUAGAAUAUUCCAGUGGCUCCCAGAUACCGACCGUUGUCUGUGGUGAUUUCAAUUCGGGUCCUGGGUCGCCUGUAUAUGAUCUGUUCACGAAACGUAUACUGGAUGCUAACCAUAACGACUUCAAAGGUCGCUCGUAUGGCUCAUUCUCGACAGAUGGUAUGAGCCAUAUCUUUACCUUGAAGUCGACGAACUCGCUUAUGGAACAGCCGUUCAUCACCAACUACACUCCUGACUUUGUUGAUGAACUAGACCACAUCUUCUAUUCCAGCAACUCUUUGAGACCAAUAGGUGCGUUAGGAGCGGUCGAUCCAGAAUACCUCAAGCGUGUACCCGGAUUCCCCAACCAACAUUUCCCAUCAGAUCAUUUGGCGCUGAUGGCGGAGUUCAAAGUUGAGAAACAACGUAACCCGCAAAAGGUCGAGGCAGAUUUCGGGCCUAGCUCUCGAAGGAAUUAG